UGCCUGUGCCACGUGGCAUGGAAGUUACAGUUUUGGCUCUCACCCUGUCUGUCUGGGCCUGCCUUGCCUUUGCCUUGCCUGGGGUCGCUUUCCGGUGCUUCAUUCUUGCGGAUCUGGCAUUAGGGUUUGGUGCUCACCCCUAAACUCGCACCUAGUCUGUUUCCUUGUUUUGACUAUGCUCAAUUCUAUCCAAUUCCUGGCUCCCCCCCCCCCGCCCUGUAACCGCUCUCCUUUUCCUUUCGCCGUCCUCCGCUCAUUCCUCCACCCGCCUCUCUUCAUGUCACACCUCUGCCCUCGUCUUCGCCUUUUUCAUUGUUGCUGCUGAUUUGUCUUGUCUUGUCCCUUCCCUUCUUCUUUUCCCCCUUUUUCGUUCUCUGUCUGUGUGCUUCAUUUUCCCGCCUUCGUUUUGUUGCGCGCGCGUGCUGUUGCUAUGGCGGACUCUGGAGGCGUUUAUGGCAUGGCGCUUGGAUAGCGUUAUUGCGCUAGAAUGGAGAUGAUGAGGGGGAAGGUUGUGUAGGAAGGGGGGCAAGGAGGAGCAGCAUGAAGAUUGACGAGACGCCCCUGAAUCUUUACUUGAUCGAGCACCUAAAACCAUUGACUGAUGCAGACCCUACUUUGCUGUCUGACUAUGUUGCGGCACUGUUAAAGAAGAGUAAACCCAAGAAGGAACUUCAUACAUUGUGCGUGAAUCAGUUGUACGACAUUCUUGGAGAAGGUCAGUUCAUUGUCCACGGUUGAACCUGUCUCACUUGACAAGCUGCCUUCUCCUCUUAGUUGGGCCUUAUGCUCAGAGUCAAAACUGUGUAGUGUGGAAAGGAGCGGCUGUGGACAUUCGUGUACAGAUGGUUGGAAAGAAGGAUUUCUAUUAACCAUAUUGUACCAGCCUUGGUGGAGGAACAAAAUUGUUCGUCGUCAACCUCUUUCAUGCUCUUGACGACGGAACGAUUUCCUCCGGUAUGGAAGACCUAGCAGGUGUGAAGCUUCUGGACAACACGGAGUCCCUUACUGGUGCUGCAGAGAUCAGAAUAUCACCUUCUCAUGUAGAGAGGCUACCGAGUGCCGGCGCUCAGGAUUGGGAGGACGAGCUGGAGGAAGAAGAAAGCAGUGAUGACGAUCGGAAUCACAAGCAUCGGCGCCGAGUUUCUCGUUCCCGGUCUGCAGACAGAGUAGACGAACCUAAUGUUUCUCGGUACAGUGGAGGUGGUUCAAACGAUCUAAAACGCCAAGCCGGUGACCAUAGGAGAGGAGGAGGUCAAUCGGACCGGGAAAGGUCGUUAAAGUUUGAUAGACGAUCAGGUCGUGAUGCAGGAGGUCGGUUCAGCAAUGGAGACCAAGCGGAACGGGGUCUAAUACGAGGGGGCGGUCCUCCGUUUCGGGGGGACGCACCGAACGUGCGGCUCGAUGGAGUGCGUAUGGGUCGCGGCAGAGGGGCUGGCAAUUGGGCUGGUCCUAUACCGCCUCCCUUUGCCGACGCACCGCCUCUCUUGCCCCCAAAUGCAGGCUUUUUCCCAAACGGCAGGGGCUUGGGUGGGCUAGGGACUGGGUGGCCUGGAGGAUUCGGGCACAUGGGUGGCAUGGGAGCUGGUUCGUUGGAGCUCUCUCAUGGUGGGCGAGGACCACCCGGAGUUAUGAACCUAGGGAUGGGAAUGGGCAUAGGACCUGUGCGACCGAGGUGCCUGGAUUUCGAAGAGCGAGGAUUCUGUCUUCGAGGAGAUCUGUGUCCUAUGGAUCAUGGUUCCCACAUCGUCGUGGAAGAUGUGCAGAGCCUGUCCAAGUUCAACUUACCAGUCAACCUGUCAAAUGGGCGAGGUAUGGCCGUGGCGGCCGGGCAGUUGGCAGCCUCCAAUACCAUGCUACCCGCUCCUGCACCUGCAAGUUCACGGGGGAGCCGGGGUAACCGGGAGCCAAGUAUUUCCCCAUUGGAAGCCCCGAUCAUGGUGAAUGGUCAAGUGCCUGGUGCCGAACCUGACCUAUACGACCCUGAUCAACCGCUUUGGAACAAUGACAGACCCGAGGCGACGGGAAGGAUUAGAAAGUUGUCAGCGUUUCAGGCUGAACACUCUGAAGUGGGAAAAGAGAAAGCAGAACUAAAGAAGAGCACGGAGGGACGAGGGAUUGAUGGUGGCAAUAGAGGUGCCAACAGCAGCGGCUUGCAUGGCGGAGACGCAGGGUCGACUGUGUGGGAUCGUAUUGGGCCUGUAGAUGUAAGUGCUGCUAGUGGGGAGGCAAAGGUAGAGGAACAGCGGAGCCAGGGGAGAGGAGUUUCGUGGCAGCCAGGAAGAUGGGGUGACCGUGAAUCUGAUAGCGGAGCCACCAACCUGAAUACAAAUCCUGGGCGAGUACGAGGCGCUGCGGGGUGGGCAGAGGUAGGUCUUCCAUUGAACCGCUCAAAAGAGGGUACCAACUUGGGGCCACGCGCUCCUGGGCGCAGCACAGAACGUGCUCAACGCACACUCUAUGUGAACUGCAUACCUCCCAAUUCAAAUCAGCAAGAAGUCUUGCUGACGCACUUUGAAAAGUUUGGACGUGUUGUGGAUGUUCGAAUUCCGUCACACAGUCACAGAGCCUUUGUCCAGUUUGCCACUCGAGAAGAGGCAGAGUCGGCACUGGCUUCCCCCGAUGCUGUAUUGGGGAACCGUUUCAUACGAUUGUCGUGGGCCAACCGCGAUAGUAUCACUAGUGACAAUGGCGCUUCCACUUCUUCUACUGGUCAGCCACCAACCACUGGCUCUGAGCCUGCAGGUAGCCAUGCUGCACAGUUGGUAAAAGGUAGGGGAAAGCUGAGUUUGACUGGUCUGAAUAAAGUCGUUGCCGGCCUGUCAGGAGCGUCAACCGUAGAAGGCAGCAACAAAGCUACGACGUUGAAUGGUUCCGCAUCUUCCGUGCCCAGCCCAGUAGCUGUGGCAUCAAAGAAGCAGGAGGAACUUGAGCUAAUGCGUGAGAAGAUUCGUCAGAAACAAGAGGCCCUCGCUCAGAAACGCGACGACUUUCGGCGGAAGCUAAACAAGCUCGCCAGCCAGGGAGUCACAGGAGCGGAAGACUAUCAAGGAGAUCAUGCCAGGAAGCGGCAGAAAGCAGACAAUUUUGGCGACUUGCGGCCGUGCAAAGUUGAUGCUGCUGUUAGGAGUUUGCCUUCUAAUUUUGGUCUCAAGAAGAUCAAUGCAGUGGAUGUCACGCAGGUAGGAGCGUCUCAGGUGUCAUCGAAGCCUACAAGGUCUCCCCACCCUCGAACAGCUUCAGGGACGUCUACAGGACAUUCCGCAGUUGCUUGGGGCCCUGCACGAUUCAAACUCGAUAAUCGCACCACGGCUUUCAGAGUUCUACCUCCAUUCCCGUUCACAGUUUCUGAUGUUGCAGCUGUAAGAGACCAUUUCGCCGCAUUUGGUGAGCUGUCAAGCGUGGAAGUUGAGGCUGCCGAGGGUCACAAAGCAGACUCUGAACAUACGUGGAGCCCGAACAGCUCCAUACGGAUAAGCUACACAACCCGAUGGAGUGCGGAAAGAGCCAUGAUGCAGGGCAGAUGUUUUCACGGGCAGUCGUUAAAUCUGGUUUGGGUCUCUGCUGCUUCAACUAGUCGACCAUCAGAGAGUCCUGCCCCCGCCGGCAAGGUCGCUCCGGCCGAGCACGAGACCACCGGUAGAGGCGGCGCCAGCGAAGUUAGUGAGGAAGCAUCUGCUGAAGAGGUGCACCACGUGGAAAGCAAGCUAAACUUAAAAGAUAAAGCUCAUUUAAUUCCCGCUCGGGUGGUGGAUUCACCAAUAACACCAGAUGCCUGAGAUGUAACAGACAUAAUUGCACUUGUCAAAAUAGUUCUGGAUGUAUCAGGAAUCCCAUUCUGCGUUGGGAAACAUUCGAUUGCCUCAUAAGUAACGAGGUCCGCUCGACACAUUCAGUGCAGCGUAGACUGUAAUAUGUAAGCCUUUCAGUUUUCAUCUUAUGUCUUUUUCUUUUUCUUAGGACUCUCAGUUGGCAUUAAGUCAAGCCAGACGUAGAGCUCAUGAUCAAUUUGUGCAGUCAAAGAGCAAUUUUUGAAAUUAAUAUAAAAAAGUCACGAGGCUGGUUGUAAACAGCCAAGCAAGGUGGUUGUGGCUGCUUACUGCCACUUCCAGGUCACUUGUCAUUCCAAAUCA